AUGGCCGAGUCAGCGCAAAACAAGAGUCUGGGCCCAGAAGCACUCGAAAGUCACGAUGAGGACCAGCGCUUUGCCAACCGAUUCAACCAAGCUUUGAGAGAGGCAGUGGCUCACAAGUCUAAGAAGGAACUUUUGGACAUGGUUGACAGGAGGGAGAGUCUUCAAUCUUUCUUCGAUUGA